UAACUGAGGAUCCACAAACUGUGUCCAAAAGUAUGUGAUUUGGAUCCAGAAAGCUGUGAAUUGUUGAAGAGAGAGAAACAGACUGUCUAGACAAAAAAGGUUUUUCUCUUCCAUGCUUCAUCAGCAGUUUCUUGAUGUUUGGAAAGUUCUGAGACCCACCCUGUCGGACCACUUGUAACCAGUGCCUAAGACUACAGGAACGUAUGUGUGGAAGAACCUUUCCUUGAAGGAAGUGUCCCUUGCUAUACUGUGGAAACUCCGUGCAAGCCUUGCCAGGCAGGAGAGUAAUUUGUGCUUCCAUUGGCGCUUGUUUGUAAUCUCUGCUUCUUAUGCACUCCAGCACCCCUAUCAGUUCCUUGUUCUCCUUCACCAGCCCUGCAGUGAAGAGGCUGCUGGGCUGGAAACAAGGAGAUGAAGAAGAAAAGUGGGCAGAAAAAGCUGUUGAUUCCUUAGUGAAGAAGUUAAAGAAGAAAAAGGGUGCCAUGGAAGAACUGGAAAGGGCUCUGAGCUGCCCGGGUCAGCCCAGUAAAUGUGUCACUAUCCCACGUUCCUUGGAUGGGCGGCUGCAGGUGUCUCACCGCAAGGGGCUUCCCCACGUCAUAUAUUGCAGAGUGUGGCGCUGGCCUGAUUUACAAUCUCACCAUGAGUUGAAACCACUGGAAUGUUGUGAAUUCCCAUUUGGCUCAAAACAAAAAGAAGUGUGCAUUAACCCCUACCAUUACCGGCGGGUGGAAACCCCAGUCCUGCCUCCUGUACUCGUUCCAAGACACAGUGAGUUUAACCCUCACCUCAGCCUCCUUGCCAAGUUUCGAAACACUUCUCUGCACAGUGAGCCACUGAUGCCGCACAAUGCCACCUAUCCUGAUUCUUUCCAGCAUCCUCCAUGCACCCCUUUUCCAUCAUCACCCAGCCACAUGUUUUCCCAGUCACCUAACAGCAUCAGCUAUCCCAACUCACCAGAAAGCUCUUCUGGACCAGGAAGUCCCUAUCAGCUCACAGUGGAAACUCCACCUCCGCCCUACCACACAAGAGAACCUGCAGGAAUGCACAAUGGACGGUCAAUGGAUGCAAUAGCUGAAAGUCAACUAGUGCUGUCUUUGCCCAAUGGAGGUAAAUCUGCCGAUGGAGAACCUGAAAACUUUCGGCCUGUUUGUUAUGAAGAACCCCAACACUGGUGCUCAGUUGCCUACUAUGAACUCAACAACCGUGUAGGGGAGACUUUCCAGGCUUCCUCUCGAAGCAUCCUUAUAGAUGGUUUUACAGAUCCCUCAAAUAACAAAAACAGGUUCUGCCUGGGUCUGCUGUCAAAUGUAAACCGCAACUCUACUAUAGAAAACACCAGGAGACACAUAGGAAAAGGUGUUCAUCUUUACUACGUUGGUGGGGAAGUUUAUGCCGAAUGUGUCAGUGACAGCAGUAUUUUUGUGCAAAGCCGCAACUGUAACUACCAGCAUGGUUUCCACCCAGCCACUGUCUGCAAGAUCCCCAGCGGCUGCAGCCUCAAGAUCUUCAACAACCAGCUCUUCGCCCAGCUGCUUGCCCAGUCAGUCAAUCAUGGUUUUGAAGUGGUGUAUGAGCUGACCAAGAUGUGUACUAUUCGAAUGAGCUUUGUUAAAGGCUGGGGAGCAGAGUAUCAUCGCCAAGAUGUUACAAGCACGCCCUGCUGGAUUGAGAUCCACCUGCAUGGACCAUUGCAAUGGCUGGAUAAGGUGCUGACACAGAUGGGCUCACCUCACAACCCCAUCUCCUCAGUCUCUUAAGAAUCAUCUCUAGAAUUUCUGUAGGAUGGAUGCUAUUGCAGGCAGUGGCUUAUAGAAUUCCCAGUGAACAGAAGCUUCUAUAUGUAGAUGUAUGUAGAUGUAAAUAUAUCUAUACAUAGUCUACUCUCUUUUUUUUUUCCCAUGCUGCAUUUUGUGGUUUCUAGUUACUCUGAUGCCAGUACAACAAGUUUAGAAAUUCAGGUAUAGCAUAUCUGUUCUCUAGUGCAAAAUAAGCCAAAUUCCUGCAAAAGUGUCAAACAUUUCCUGUGAGCAUCUUCAUUCCCCAGCCAAGCCAGUAAAUGGUGCGAAUUCUCAGCACUUUCAUGUGGGUUCGGAAACCUGGCUGUAGCUGUUCCUAGUAGGUGAAAUUCACCCCUCUGCAGGCAACCAAAGUCAGAUCUCUAUGCCAUUUAUAUCCAUUUUACAUCCUAAUUUCAGGUCUAAAAGUGGACCUUAGAUGGUGCACAGGAUUUAUGCAUAGAGAUGACUUUUAUCUAGUGAACUGAAGGACUAAAUUGCAAUUCCAGUCUGACUCCCUACUGCAAAGCAUGAUGGGACAACAAAUCCUCUGAGGAGCUGAGGCACCUGCAUCUCCCCUAGGAUUUGGCAGGGGGAGAGAACCCUCAGGACAUACUCAGCACUGGAGCCUUAUCAGAGCAUUCUGGACACCUCCAAGUAAUCUGUUACUGUUGACACAGUAGGGUACGGUAUUGCUGCACUGAAAAGCAACAAGCUCCUAAGAAAAAAAUAAUAAUUGAAAUAUAGGCCUAUGAGUUAAAAAACUAAUUAACUUCCAGUGCUUUUUUGCAAAGUACAUACAUACUUGCAUAUGUAUCCGGCAUGUAAACUGAAUCCUAUCCAUGAUACAGUGUUGAUGUAGUUUGUUUUGAAGUUAGGACUGUCCGUAGAUAGAAUACUGUGCUGAUAUCAAGGGUACACCUCAAAGGGGCUUGAACUGUGAUUCAGAAAAGGGAAAUGACGUGUGCAUUGAAGAAGCAAAUAAUUACUUUAUCAUUCUUCUUGCGAUAGUCUCCAUACUGGGAGCAGGAAGCCCCAUGCCCACAGGAUGCAAUGAGAAGGAGAUGGGAGUCAGCCACCUCCAUCCCCUGUACUGGGCCAAUCCUUGGGAUCUGACUGCAUCACUCGGGUCUGACAGAGAGAGGGCUUCCCUGCCAGUCACUCCAUACGUCCCCACAAAUGGUUUCUCGUCUUAGAUACAGGUUCCAUCAUUUGCUGUGCUUUUGCCUUGCCUGCAGGUGAUGGCGAGGUAGUGUAAGUCAUGAACAAGCAAAGAGUGAGUCGAUGUGCAGAACCUUGUCUGUGUUCCUUCUGUAAGCAGGGAAACCUAUUGCCCAUACCCUCAUCCACAGAGCCAGCCUUACAAAAUGGUUCAGUUUGUAACCUUUUCUGAGGAGACAGGUGAAACUCUUAAUACAUUUUGAUUGUCUCCAUCAUUUUGCUGAAAGAAUCAAGUAUUAUUUCUUUCAAGGCAUAACAGUUCAUUGAAAAUUGUUUUGCUUUAAGGAUCAGAAAGAGUGAUAACUUCUCCAAUCUCAUUCCUCCAUGGAAUACACUAGAAGUAUCAUGAGGAAAAAAAAAUGUUUUACAGAAUGUUUCUUUUCUUCUCCACCACAAUAUCUGGUGCUACACAUUUUGCUGCAUAAGUC